CGAUUGCUUUUCCUGCAUGUGGGUCUGAUUAUUCUGAAGUUGAUUAGGUCAUCCUGGAGUCGGGCCUUCCAUGCGUUACUUUUAGGUUUUGAAAUUAGAUUUUCUCCUAAAGACCUAGCUAGGUUUCCUUACGAGCCACUUGCAGAAAAAUGGCAGACGACGAGCUUGAAGCUAUUAGACGGCAGCGUAUGGCCGAACUGCAGGCAAAACAUGGGGCUGUGUGGGACCCGAUGGAACAGGAGUCUGGAAAUGACCAACAAGGACAGCAAGAGGCAAAGCAGAGAGAAGCUGACAUGAGAAACACUAUUCUAGCGCAAGUUUUAGAUCAGUCCGCCCGUGCCAGAUUGAGUAAUUUAGCGUUGGUGAAGCCAGAAAAGGCCAAAGCUGUGGAGAAUUAUCUCAUUCAGAUGGCCCGCUUCGGUCAGCUUGGGGGAAAGAUUUCAGAAACGGGAUUAAUAGAGAUCCUCGAAAAAGUUAGUCAGCAGACGGAAAAGAAGAUGACUGUUACGUUUAACAGGCGGCGGGUGAUGGACUCGGACGACGAAGAUGAUGAAUGAUGCGUGGUCUCUGAACGAGGAGGCUGAAGGCUCUGGGGCCAGGCCGUUUGGGGCCAGCCGCCUGCGCUUGGUCCAGGCCCUUUUUCCAGGAGUGCGCACUACAACUCAGAACUCUGCGAUAAAGGAAGAAGGGAACUGUUCACCCGUUGUUUUUAUGUUUCUCCUUCAUUCCCGUUUUUGAGCUUUAUUAACGGUUAACCGAUUAUUUGUUUUGCCGUAAGACAGUUACAAGAAAAGAGUGCAGCUGCGUUUUAUAAAUUGGGACUGCGUCAGGAGCACUGCAACCGAUUCACUGAUUGGCAUAUUAUAUCUGACCUGGCCCCGCCCCUCAUCUCUGCAUUUACAGGCCUGCGUUUAUUCAUCCUCCUCAUUUCUGUCAUCUGCUGAAUUGUACCCUCAACAGUUUACAUAAUAAAAUGGCGUAAAAUACCAA